AUGCGCACGCCGUCGCUCUACAGCCAGGAUGAUCCCAUCUCCGCCGCCCUCAAACCUUCACCCAUGGAGACGGAGGCAGAGCGUACGUCCCGUCUGUACACAGAAGCCGAGGCCAAACGGGUUUCUGAGCAAAUCGACGACGACCUGCGGGAGGAGAGGGAGCGAUUGAAGAAGAAGAAGGGCGACGUCAAGCUUCUUCUCCUUGGGCAAGCCGAGAGCGGGAAAUCGACGCUGCAGAAACAGUUCCAGCUCAUGUAUAAACCCACUUCGAUGGAUCAAGAACGCGCAUCUUGGACAGCGGUCAUCUACUUCAACGUCGUUCAUUCAUUAAAACACAUCCUAGCUACGCUUGAAGCUUGGGACGACACUCUCGACGAAGACGCCGAGGCGCAACCUACAUCGACGGACGAUUCACAGUCUAUCAUACCAAAGAAGGCUCGCGGGAACGGUAUCGCAGAUCAGCCGUCACCAUCUACUUCUCUCUUGACCGGCAGCAUCAUCCAAGGAUCACCAAGUUCCCUGAUGCCGUCGGAGGCCGGCGGCUCCCACUCCCAUUCGAUGAAAGAGGGCGGCGCCCUUCAGAUAGCCAACCUUCGACGCAGGUUGUCCCCAUUGGUAGCUGCGGACGCGCAGCUCGCGGACAGACUCAGUGGUGGAAUCUCGGUGUCCGGUUCUGGUAAGGGCGGCGUCUUUGUGCGGAGUGGUUGGCAGGCCCGUACCAUCGAGAAUGCUCUCGGAAGGAUCAAACAAAAACGCCCUUCGGCCGAAAGCGAAAAGAAGACUCGUGAGAUUGAACCCCAGGAACCGCAGGACCCUUUGGUUCAGGACGUUGGGCGAAUGCUGGAGCUCUCCGUUCAGGAUAUCCGGGAGUUGUGGCAUCAUCCCACUGUCAAGGGGUUAAUCGCUAAACGGAAACUGAAACUUGAUGAGUGGUCCGAGUUUUUCCUGAAGAACAUCACGCGUGUCGCAUCGCCGGACUACGUCCCAAGUAUAGAUGACAUCCUCCAUGCUCGUAUCCAAACUAUGGGAGUCGCUGAACACAUCUUUGAUGUGAACAUCCACGGGAAAUCUGUGACCUGGCAUCUAUUUGACGUAGGUGGUGCUCGAGGACAGAGACACUCGUGGGUGCCAUACUUCGAUGAUGCGAACGCUAUCAUUUUUGUUGCUCCCGUGAGCGCAUUUGAUCAGUAUCUCGAAGAAGACCCUCGGACGAACAGGAUAGACGACUCUUUGCAAUUAUUCACGCAAAUAUGUUCGAACGCCCUGCUGAAGAACGUUCACUUGGUCCUUUUCCUGAAUAAGACGGAUCUGCUCAAGGCGAAGCUCGACACCGGACUCAAGGUCCGGAAGUACAUCACAUCCUUCGGCGAUCGGUCCAACGAUUACGAGACCGUCGUUCAAUACUUCCGUGCUCAUUUCCUGCAGGUUCAUAGACGAAACAAUGAGAAUCGUCGGGUGCUGUAUACUCAUUUUACGAGUGUAGUGGACACAAAGGCGACGCAGCGUAUCAUUGGAAACGUUCGCGACUCAAUCUUCCGAGGUUACCUCCAGUCUGCAGCCCUCGUUUGA